AUGUGGUAUCAACAUCUUUGCUCCCAUGAACUAGAUCUCAUGAAGUCCAUCCUAGGGGAUGAACAGGACUUGGCCCAGGCACAUUUGAAGGUGGUUGAUGUGCAGAUUGGUUCUAUCCGCAACACCCUACAGGAUGUAGGAGUUGGGGUGAUAGGCAAGAAUGGUUGUAGAUUUGACCCUGGCAAUAAUGGGCCUUGGUGCGAAAGUUCCUCCGAUGACUCGGACUCAGAUAAGCCCAGGCAGGCUCCAUCUCAGGCUGGAUCUCAUUGUGAUUCAGGGAGUGCACAUAGCCUGGCCACUGUCUGCUGUUACUACCAUUUCCGGCAACACGCAGUUCUGGCCAGAGGCCCCAGAUAUUUUCUACUAGACAAGUCACUGAAGAUGAUUCGGAGAUCUGGGGGAGAUCAUGAUCCUACCGUCACUAUCAUCAUAUUGAGUUGCGAUGGAGCUCUUUCUUCCUCCAAGUCUAAGCCCACCAUUAUGUCAUUCCAAGCUUUCUCAUGUGCCCCAAGUGAUGAUCUCUUGAGCUGCACCAGACAGUGGUCAGCUGUGCAGCCUCCCAUCUCAGGUUUAUUGCAUUGCAUCUCUCCUUAUGCCCGCGGCACUAGCAGUUUCCAUGUUGCUUAUGGUGGAAGAACAUGGUUCAAGGAUUUUAGCUCAACUGAACAAGUUGCCCUCACAUGGGUGGAAAGGCACAUGAUUCUUAACUCAGUCACGACUAUGGGCUGGCUUCAAGAUAUCACCUCCACAGAAAAGAUAGUUGCGGUUGACUAUAUCACAAAUAUCAUCAAGCAGGCCAACAUGAAGUUUGGAUGUGUGUUGGAAGAGACUCAUAUUGCACACUGGUAUGCUGGCAAAGACUCGCCACCCCAAGAUGAGGAUAUGAGACUCGAGCUCAAAACUCCUCAGAAGUUGUUGUCAGAAUAG